AUGCUCUUGUUUCCAAACUUGCCUGGUUCUUCCUCAAUGGUCCCAAUAGACUUUGGAAAGAAGCUAUCUCAAAGAGGAGUCUUCUCUGUUAAGUCGGCUUAUGCAGCUCUAGCCAAUGAAAAUGACCAUGCUGUGAACAUAAAUCAUGCCAUUAACUGGAAAAAUUUGUGGAAGUUGAAAGUACAGGACAGACUCAAAAUGCUCCUUUGGAAGAUCAGUCCAAAUCUCCUUCCAACAAAAGCUCUCAUCAGCACUGUUCUCAACCUGGAACCAGACCUUAUUAAAUGCCCCUUAUGCAAUACUGAACAAGAGAGCCUCCAUCAUUUAUUCUUCAACUGUAUCUUCUCUAAAGUGGUAUGGAGACAAUCAAAAUGGCCUAUUGAUAUAUCCUCCUUUGCCACCCAACCAAUGGAUGUUUGGACUAAUAUUAUUUUGAGCCCUUCGAAAAAUCUCAACGUUCCUGAAGAAGAAAUCCAGGAAUUCCAAAACUUUGCUAUCAUAGCCAUGGACAAUCUCUGGCUCCAUAGAAACAAGGUAGAUCACAAGCAAGCUGAACCUUCUAUUCAAAGCUAUGUGACCUCAGUUUCCAGAUCAUAUACUCAGCAUUGCAAAGCUUGGGCAGCAAAAAAUAUCCAAAUGGGAAUUAAUGAGGUAAGAUAUCCUGUCGGUAGCCAUCUUCUUACUUUUGAUGUUGCAAUCCGUAAGGAGGGCUCCAUAUUAGCCUCCAUUUGCUGGAAAGACAAUGGUGAAGUUCUAUUCGCCAUUAUAGACCUGAUCAACAAGGUUAACUCAAACCUAGGAGAAGCUAGUGCAGCUCUUAUGGCCAUUAAAGAAGCUGCAAGACUAAAGCUGGAAAAUAUUAUUGUGGGAGGAGACUCAGAUGUUACAAUUCAAGCCAUCUCCAACACCUCUUACAUCCAAGAAUUGAAUUUAAGUCCAGUCAUAAACGAUAUUAGACAUCAUCUUAAUUCAUUCAAGCUUAUGGAGAGACAAUCUAGUAGAAAAUUUUCCCCCAAUUCUAGAUUCAAGAUGUGA